UUGUCAGUCCUCGACGACUUUGAAAAGUACGCCCAUGCCAGCCUGGACCGCAAUGCCCUGAACUACUACAAGUCCGGCGCCCAGGACAUGCUGACAUUGCGCAACAACCAGCGCGCCUUUGACCGCAUUGCCAUCCGCCCGCGUGUCCUCCGCGAUGUCUCCAAAAUCGACACCGCUACCACGCUAUUCGGCCACCCGAUCUCCUCGCCCAUCUGCAUUGCCCCCACUGCCAUGCAGCGCAUGGCGCACGAUGACGGCGAAAAGGCCACUGCGCGCGCAGCCCGCCACCACAACACCUGCAUGGUUCUGUCAUCAUGGUCCACCACCAGCAUCGAGGACACGGCCAGCGCCGCCGAUUCCACGAAAUGGCUGCAGUUGUAUAUCUACAAGGACCGCGAGGCCACGCGGCGCCUGGUGGAGCGCGCUGAAUCCAACGGCUACUCGGCCAUUGCCGUCACUGUCGACACGCCCUUCCUGGGCCGCCGCCUGGCCGACAUCAAAAACAAGUUCCAGCUGCCGCCCCACCUGACCAUGGCCAACUUCGACGACUCAAAGUCCCAGGUUUCCGCCGGCGACAAUGCCCGGGCCGCCAACGCCUCGGGCCUGGCCACCUAUGUGGCCUCGCAGAUCGACCCCACGCUUAGCUGGCAGCAUAUCGCCUGGGUCAAGAAAAUCGCCACCGUGCCUGUGCUCGUCAAGGGGAUCCUGACCGCCGAGGACGCACGUCUGGCUGUGAAAGCCGGUGUCGAUGGCAUUAUUGUCAGCAAUCAUGGCGGCCGCCAGCUCGACACCGCGCCCGCCACCAUUGAGGUGCUGGAGGAGGUCGUCAAGGCUGCUGAGGGCAAGGUCGAUGUCUUUUUGGAUGGCGGCGUGCGUCGCGGCACUGAUGUCUUCAAGGCCCUGGCCCUUGGCGCUAAGGCUGUCUUCCUCGGCCGCCCCGUCCUCUGGGCCCUUGCUUACAAUGGCGAGCAGGGUGUCGUUGAGAUGCUCGAUAUGAUCAACGAGGAGUUCCGUCUGGCUAUGGCCCUCGCUGGAUGCGUCAAGAUCGAGGAUAUCGCUCGCGAGUACGUCCGAUGCCCCGCUCAGCCCCACCUCUAA